AUGAAGUUUUCUCUCCUCGCCUUCACGGCCAUCGUGCCAUUGGCUUCCGCGCACUUCAAGCUGAUGUAUCCCACCUCUCGUGGCUUCGACGAGGAUACCAUGACCAAUUUCCCCUGCGGUGGAAUGAGUCAGUCCUCUAAUCGCACCAAGCUGCCUCUUUCCGGUGGCUCAUUCCCCGUCGCUCUUGAGAUGCACCAUUCCCAGACUGCCGUCGAGGUCCUUCUUUCUCUUGGUAGCGACCCAGAAGACAACUUCAACAUUGUCCUCUCGCCCACUUUCCAGGUCAAAGGCCUUGGCGAGUUCUGCCUUCCUCACGUUGAGAUCAAUCAGAAGUUGAUCGGGCGUAAUCUUACCGAUGGAAUGAACGCUACCCUUCAGGUACAGACUAACGGUGACCCAAGCGGUGGUCUCUAUGCUUGCUCCGAUAUCCAAUUCUCCUCCGACGUCACAUACCAAACACCAUCUGCCUGUACCAACAACACAAACCUCGUUGCCACCGCUUUCACUGGAGCUUCUGCUUCACGUAAUGCCAACGAGUCUACUUCUGAUGGUCAAGCGCAGAGCGGAUCCUCUUCCACCACUUCCACUUCCACUUCCAAGGGUGCUGCUGUGCCGAUGCAAACCGCCGCUUGGGGAGUUCUUGGCGCCGCUCUCGUCGGUGGCAUUGCUGUGCUGUAA